CCCGCCAACCAAACUGCUCGCCGACUUCAGCCUGCUCGUCGGCGGCAUUAGCUAUGGUGGCCUAGCCGACUAGUGGGCGCGGCUCGGCGUCGGCGAUGGGUACCGCGAAUCCUCCAUUGCCAUCCCUGCAACCGCAACACCAGCAGCCGGACCUGCUCCGCCUGGUGGACGACCUCUGCGCGUCGGGCCGCGCCGCGGAGGCGCACCACCGCGUCUCCCUCCUCCUCCUCUCCGCCGCGUCCCGCCUCGACGCGCGCGCGGCGGACGCCCUCCUGCGCCGCCUCCUCCGCGCCCGCACGCCGCUCCUCACGCUCCGUCUCGUCCAGGCCGCCGCGCUCGUCCCCUCGCUCCCCAACUACAACCGCCUCCUCGCGCACCUCUGCCGCGCCGACCCGCCGGCGAUCCCCGUCCUCCUCGCGCACCGCCUCCACCUCCGGAUGCGCGUGCCUCCCAACGCCUCAUCCUACGCCGCGCUCCUCGGCGGAUACGCGCGGGUCCCCGACCCCCGCGCCGCGCAGAAGCUGCUCGACGAAAUGCCCCAACGCGGGUUGGUCCCCACCUCCCUCGCACGCUCGUUCCUCGUCAAGGCGUUCCUCCGCGCCCGCGACGUCUAUGCCGCAAUGGACCUCGUCGACAACAAUCUCUGGCCGACCAUGGCAGACUCAGACGGCCAUCAGCUUUCAGAGGACCAGGAGGUCACAAACGCCGCGUUCGCCAAUCUGGUGCAGUGCCUGUGCGACGAGGGAUUCUUCCACGUCGUUUUCCGGAUCGCCGAGGAGAUGCCGCAGAGGCGGUGCCACGUGGCUGACGAGUUUGCCUACGCGCAGAUGAUUGACUCGCUGUGCCGAUCAGGGCAGCACCAUGGCGCGUCCAGGAUAGUGUACAUAAUGAGGAAGAGGGGUCUGUGCCCAAGCGCCGUCUCCUACAACUGCAUCGUUCACGGGCUGUGCACCAGCCCAAAGCCUGGGGCAUGCCUGAGGGCGCACCAGCUGGUGAUGGAAGGCACACUUUUUGGGUAUCGCCCAAGGGAGGUGACAUACAAGGUGCUCGUGGACAAGCUGUGCCGUGAGAAUGAGCUCGCCAAGGCGAAGGAUGUCCUGGAGCUGAUGCUACAACACACCAUUCAGUGUGGCCAGGACGAGGGUGGAGAUGCUGGCGACGAAACCAGGACAAGGAUAUACAAUGUGUUUCUUGGAGCCCUGCGUGCCAUGGACAACCCAAGUGAGCAACUUGGCGUGCUUGUAUCCAUGCUGCAGGCUGGAUGCAAGCCGGAUGUGAUCACCAUGAACACUGUCAUCCAUGGCUUCUGCAAAUCUGGGAGGGCCCAGGAGGCUAGGAGGAUCCUCAACGACAUGCUCAACGGAAAGUUUUGUGCUCCUGAUGUUGUUACCUUCACCACUCUCAUAUCUGGAUAUCUGGAUGCAGGUGAUCAUGCAGAAGCCCUCAAUGUGCUGCACACUUUGAUGCCUAGGCGCCGGUGCUCCCCUACUGUUGUCACUUACAAUUGUGUCCUCAAGGGACUGUUUGGCCAUGGGCAAGUUGAUACAGCAAUGCAGGUGCUUGAGGAUAUGAAUGCCAAUAACGUUGCAGCUGAUUCUGUGACUCAUACUGUGGUGAUCAAAGGGCUCUGUGAUGUGGGGCAGCUUGAGAAGGCAAAGGAAUUAUGGGACAAUGUCGUCUGGCCAUCAGGGAUACAUGAUGAAUAUGUGUACAGUGCAAUCUUCAGAGGUCUCUGCAAACAUAGGAAACUGGAACAGGCAUGCGAUUUCUUGUAUGAAUUGGUGGAUUGUGGGGUUGCUCCCGGUGUAGUGUGCUACAACAUACUCAUAGAUGCUGCCUGCAAGCAGGGAUUGAAGAAGCAAGCAUAUCUGUUAGUUAAGGAGAUGAAAAGAAAUGGCCUCACACCGGAUGCUGUCACUUGGAGGAUUCUUGGCAAAUUGCAUCACUAUGAAGAGGAAGAACAAGAGGGGCACCAGCCUCCGACGGCUGAUGUAGGUCAAAGUUAUGCAGAUGACACAGUGGAGCCUCUCAUCAUGACUAAAGAGAUGCCUUUGCUGCCGCCUUUGCCGUCGUCCAAAAAUGUCUAUGAAAUUAAUGAGAAUAAUAGCCCUGCUGAGAUUAAUAAAGAGGUUGGUUAUUUAACACAUAUGGCUAAUAAUAACAAAGCCAAGGCUGAGGAGGUUGAAUACUCAACAAAAAUGACUGUGGAGGAACCACCAGAUAAUACCAAUCCAACAAGGGGAACAAAAGUUGGCAAGGGUGAUAUAACUUGGGGAGAUGGGCUUAAGAAGCCAGAUAAUCAACCUUUAAUAAGAGAACCACUCUCUAGAGUAGCAAAAAAGGUGUUUGGGAUACUGUAGAGAGUGUUGCUUCUAGUCCUCCCUGAAGACUAGUUUGGAGGACAACAAAUCAGCAAACUGAAACUCUUCAGUUAGAUUGUGCUGACAACUGCAAGUAGGCUGACAACUCUGUGUUCAUGAAGAAUUCGUGUCAUCGGAAAUUAUAAUUUCCAGAAAUAUAGGUCGUCAGUGAUCUAAGUGGAAAAAGCAAUAUGGUAGCAACACAAAUUGCUGGAUGUAUUUCUUUGCACCAGAGGGGAUUGCCUGCUUUGAAGCAGGAGUUGGGGUUCAGUGGGAGAGUAUCAGAUUUGAUCACAUGAAGCAUGCAGAAAAUGGCUCAUUCAAGGAACGGGUUUAGUUUUGUGUCCUGUAUGAGCUUCAGCAGUCUCUUCUGGAAAUGUAAGGCAUGGAGAUGGAGCAUACCUCCGUACUUGGCCUGUGCAUGCGAAAUAUGGUUUGUCCCGUUGCUAAGUUGAGCCGCAGUCCUCCAGAACACUUUGCUUGCAUAUUGCUGGCUAAGCUGAGUUGAUGCUUUCGCAUGGUCUCGUUGAUAGUUACUACCAAUGCUCACAUACCUAGCAUGCUGAAAACUGUUUUACUGCUUCCUUUUCCCUGGAUAAGAGAAGUAUCGAGUCAUAAUUGAUUCACGGAGUGUUGUUUCUAGCUAAUUUUAUGUCGACAUUUGUUCCUUUUGCACGAAGGAUGGGCCUGCACUUAA